GGUUCUUCAAGCCUGUUUUGUAUGAAGUUUGACAAUGUUUUACACUGUGUUUGAGCUGGCUGGGAUGCUAGAGAAAACAAUGAAAGGAGCAGACAAAGCGAUUGUGGCAAAGUCCUUUGGAAAAUGGAAAAGCAGCUCUGGAAGGGCCAGGACCAUGGAGAAGCCGGAUGAGCCAGGAGAGCAGAGCAAGAAGAAGGACCCCUCCAACAGCACCAGCCAGUCCACAGGAAAAGAGAAUGAGAUUCACAAUCACCUUCUGAGGCAAAUAAAGAAUUGCGUGAACAUCGACCAGUGUGGACUGUGUGACACAUCUUGUAAAUUACCUUGCACACAAGGAGAAAAGAUGGAUUCAGAAGGUGAAGAGAGCAGAGUUCAAACAUGCAGGAGUAGUAAAGUUCCAGUUGACUGUAUAGCAGAGACUCUCAGCGCGUAUGGAGCGACGGUGAGGAAGAGGGCCGCCCAGGAUGGGCCGAGCGGGGCCCCGGUCAACAAGAGGAAGAGUCUGCUGAUGAAGCCACGCCACUACAGCCCCAACGAGGCCUGCGAGGAGGAGAGCGACGACCUGGCACCGCCACAGGACAAAGACGAGCCCAGGAGCACCGACACUCCAGCAGAUGGAAGCCUAAAUAAAUCUGGUGAGGCCCUCUCCAAAAACAGCUACCAGGACACAAUAUCAAAGAGCCGCGACUCCCAGGAAUGGUCCAGGGAGGUGGGCGAUCCCCAUCCCCCACACGAGGCGGACGUUUCUGGCACCUUGGCAGAGAGACAGGGGGAAGAGCAGGCUGGAGAGCAGGAGGACGGAGGCCCAGGGGUGGGGCUGCUGGGAGCGACUUUCUGCUCCUCCCAGCACAAAGAGCCCGGCUGCGACAGCAGGAAAGGCCACUGGGACGAUCUGGCCCACAUCGCCAAGAUGAACGGCGUCAGCGGGAGCCCCCCGAAGGCCACAAAGGAUCCGUCUGGGAGGAAGGUCAACGGGGGCCAGUGUGACAGAGAGGACCCCGAUCCGGGCCCAGAGGGCUACGUCAGCAAGGCGCGCGCCUUCCAGCCGGAAGAGCUGGGCUACAGGCGAGACUCCAGCGACAGCGAGGAGGAAGAGGCGGAGGCCCUGGGCAGGGAGGGCUGGGGCGCGGGGGUCCUGGAGAGGCCGCCUGAACUGGACAAGAACCGAGUGAACCUGAGUCUCCUGGAGCAGGCCAUGGUGCUCCAGUCGGAGCAGAGGCAGGCCCUUCACCACGCCUACAAGGAGAUGGACAGGUUCCUCCUGGAGCAGAUGAGUCACGAAAGGAGGCACCAAAGGCUCCAAGACAUGGAGGCCCGGGGCGCCUACAACGGAUGCAAAGACUCCCCACGCUCCGACAAGAAGGACAUCAAAUGCCCCACGCCUGGCUGCGAUGGCACGGGACAUGUGACUGGUCUCUACCCGCACCACAGAAGCCUGUCCGGAUGUCCCCACAAAGUCCGAGUCCCCCCCGAGAUACUUGCCAUGCACGAGAAUGUUCUGAAGUGCCCUACUCCUGGGUGUACCGGAAGAGGUCAUGUCAACAGCAACCGUAGUACACACAGGAGCCUUUCAGGCUGCCCUAUUGCUGCUGCUGGGAAAAUCACUAAACCACAGGAGGACCUGUCCCAAUGUGGACAGGGUGCUGACCGGCUCUCCAGGCCUUCAAGCCUGAUGAAGAAGUUUGACUUUAAUCAGUACAGCUACAGGUUUGCCCACCCCGUCGCUACCCUGCAAGCGAACCUCGCCAAAGACCUGGACAAGUACGGCAAGAUCCGCUUCGAUUAUGCCAGCUUUGACGCACAGGUCUUUGGCAAGCAGCCUUCAACGCCAUCAGGCCAGGACCAAGAAAUCUCUCGCUUCUCUGACCAAUCCCUGCCGUACCCCUGCCUCCUGGCCCCUGGCGGUCAGCUCUCCAUGCCCCCAGGACACAGCCCCAGUCACUACAACCCGGUGAACGAGGAGCUCCAAGCCACAGCUGCCACCGCCGCCAUCCUCAACCUGUCCACGCGCUACCGGGGCAACAUGGACGCCAUAGCUGCCAGGCCUCUGGCCCCCUCCACAAAGGACGUGCUUAUAGAAGUGGAUGAGAAUGGCACUCUGGACCUGAGUAUGAAGAAGAACCGGGAGAGGGUAAAAGCCCCACCGACACUGCCUUUGGGAGAGGCGCUGUCCACGCCCCCGAAGUCCGGCAGCAUACGCGUCACGCCCGCUUUCUACCAGGCCUUGUGCGAGCAGGAGGGCUGGGACACUCCUCUCAACUUCAGCAAAGCACACGCCAUACCAGACAAAGAGAAGGACGACCUUGAGCACUCUGGCCUGGAAGAGAGGAAAUACCCUGGUGAUGUCAGCCUGUCCAGCCCCAAGACCAAGAUGCUCUCCAGAGAUGCAAAGAAAGAACUGAUGAGCUGUCCGACUCCAGGUUGUGACGGAAGUGGUCAUGUGACAGGAAAUUAUGCUUCACAUCGAAGCGUUUCUGGUUGUCCAUUGGCUGACAAGACUCUCAAAUCAUUGAUGGCUGCCAAUUCUCAGGAACUAAAGUGCCCAACACCUGGCUGUGACGGGUCUGGUCAUGUGACGGGAAACUACGCCUCGCACAGGAGUUUGUCAGGCUGCCCGCGUGCCAGGAAAGGAGGCCUGAAGCUCACGCCAAACAAAGAGGAGAAGGACGAGCAGGAAAUUAAAUGUCCAGUAAUUGGUUGUGAUGGCCAAGGCCACAUAUCGGGUAAAUAUACAUCCCAUCGCAGUGCAGGAAGCUGCCCCAUCGCUGCCAAGAGACAGAAGGAGAGCUCUAUUAAUGGAUCUGCCUUCUCCUGGAAAGUCUGCAAACAGGAACUACCCCACUGCCCACUGCCAGGCUGUAAUGGGCUAGGUCAUGCCAAUAAUGUGUUUGUCACCCACAGAAGUUUGUCCGGGUGUCCCCUAAAUGCCCAGUCUAUCAAGAAAAAACUAGCAGGAGAUGAAAUGAUGACUAUUAAACUGAAAGCAAGCAGUGGCAUAGAAAGCAAUGAGGACAUGCAGCAUUUGGACAACGAGAUAAAGGAACUGAAUGAAUCCAACCUGAAAAUAGAGGCCGACAUGAUGCAGCUGCAGACUCAGAUAUCGUCAAUGGAGUGCAACCUCAAGACGAUCGAAGAGGAGAAUAAGAUGAUAGAGCAGCACAAUGACAGCCUUCUGAAGGAGCUGGCGCGCCUCAGCCAGGCCCUGAUCAACAGCCUCACAGACAUCCAGCUGCCUCAGAUGGGGCCAAUAAGCGAACAGAAUUUUGAAGCAUAUGUGAACACUUUGACGGAUAUGUACAACAACUCAGAGCACGAUUAUUCCCCUGAAUGUAAGGCUCUUCUGGAAAGCAUCAAACAGGCAGUGAAGGGCAUUCACGUGUGAGCUUUCCGGGUGAGAGCAAAAUAUCUUUUGAGUUAGGAAAUAGUGCUUCUGAAAAGCUAGAUCCUCAUGGGAAGGACUGGUUUGGUUGCAUGUCCAAGGGAAGACUUUUGAAAAUGCAUUUUUUUUUGUUUCUCAGCAAACACAUUGCACUGAAAAAGAAGUAUCAUACCAAUACCAGCCGUGAUCGGUUAUGUACUUAAAAACUAUUUCCAUGAUAGGUUUCUUUUUGUGGAUUUUGC